AUGGCAUUUGUACAAUCAAAUCAACAAUUGAAUAAUAAUAAUAAUAAUAAUAAUAAUAAUAAUAUGAUUUAUUGGCAUUUAAUUCAAUUAUUAGAUGUCAGUCCAAAUGGAAGAUUUAUUUUGCCAUUUUCUCGUCGAUUAAUACUUAUUGAUCGGCCAUUUGAAAAUGAAAAUGAAAAUAAAAAGAAUAAAAAAGAUGAAACAUCUGCUCAUUAUUAUAAGGCAGAAUUUGAAUUCUCAUCAUUAUCAUCAUCAUUAUCAGAAGAUUGUUUUCAAAAAGAUGAUGAGAAUAAUUAUGAUAACGAUGAUUAUGAUGAAUCAUUAGAUCCAACAUGGUAUGCACCCUCACCAUUUGAUUAUGAUCCAUAUGAUUCAUAUGAUUGGGAAUGCUAA